CAUACGGGCACUGACCUCGACGCUAGCUCUGCCAAACACGUAAACACUCACUUAUCGCAGCCUCAUCACGCACCACUCUGCUAUAGCCUCAGGCCCUGCCAAUUCUGCCCUUCUGCGCAUCCCCUACUUGCAUUUCUACCAACAACAUCACCAUCACCACCAUGGCUUCUCAUUCACCGCUCCCCACCGAUGACCUCCAGCAGAUUGCCAAAACAGCCUGUGAACAAGCUGUUGGAGCCGCAACAUCAUACGACCACACCAAAGUAGGAGACUGGAACAGCGAGAUUAUUCAAUACAUUCUCAAGACCCUCAUCAGCAAAACCACGCCCACCGCAGACUCGUCAAACCCAGACGCUCCUUCGCAACCCGCCUACAAGUACAUUGCCAACAGCACAGUGAUCCAACACCACGGCAACUCGCCCGCAGAGAUUGAGAAGCAGGGCCGCCGUGGCAUGCACAGUGCUGUUGGUGCCUUCUGGAACAACGAGAAGGACGGAACAUACACGUACAAGUGGGAGGCUGCCGACAGCAAGGGAAUGGACAUUGUCAUCACCAUUACCUGGAUUGCCAUCUAGAAAGCAACCCUUAGAAAGCGUCAUGGCAGGAAUCGGUGGGCGAGGUUGCAUUUUCCCAGCGGAAGAUGAACUUUGCUGGAGUCACCGG